AUACUCACUAUGCUGUAAUUAAUACGUAUGAAAUAUCUAGCACUUAUUGUAAUUGGGAUAUUGUAGCUAGUAAAUAAUUAAAUUCAGUACCUGGAUACACAAUAAUGGCUUUAAGCAAAGAUGAUAGUACCAAGGACUAUCGGAUAGUGGGUUACUGGAGCUCGUGGUCCUAUUAUAGGACCGGCAAUGGAAAGUUCACCGAGGCUAAUUUUGAACCAAAAAUGUAUAAACAUUUCAAUGAUUUACGUCAGAGGAACCCCCAUUUGAAAACAUUAGUAGCCAUAGGGGGCUGGAAUGAGGGGUCAACCAAGUACUCGCAAAUGGCUAAUAACCCAGGUGCCCGUAAAAUAUUUGUUGAUUCUGUGGUUAAGGAAUACCCGGCUGAAAGGGGUGGUCAGGAUCAGGACAAACAGGCAUUCAUAGACUUACUCCACGAACUUCACACGGCUUUCCAACCGCACGGGUAUCUCCUGACGGCUGCCGUAUCGGCCGGUAAGGCAAUAGUGGACAGGGCUUACAAUGUGCCCGAAAUGAACAAAUACCUCGACUUUAUUAAUGUCAUGACGUACGACAUGCACGGCAGUUGGGAACAGAAAACCGGUCAUAACGCGCCACUACAUGCUGGGGAAGGGGAUGAUAAAACACUUACCGUUGAAUACGCUAUUAAUUAUUGGUUAGGAUUAGGGGCUCAUCCUAACAAACUUGUGUUAGGCCUACCCUUUUAUGGGCGUACAUUCACGUUGGCCUCACCUCAAAACAAUGGGUUUAACGCACCUACAACUGGCCCUGGUAGUCCAGGCCCUUAUACUAAAGAGAGCGGAUUUAUUGGUUAUAAUGAGAUUUGCGAAAAUAAGGGAUGGGAUGUCAAAUGGGAUGACAAGAGAAAGGCUACCUAUGCUGUGAUGGGAAGUGAUUGGGUUGGAUACGAUAAUGAGCAAAGUAUCAAGGCAAAAGUGGAGUUCAUUAAGAGUAAGGGUUUGGGUGGGGCUAUGGUGUGGGCCAUAGAGACCGACGAUUUUAGGGGUGUUUGCGGUUCUCAAAAGUAUCCCUUACUUAAUGCCAUUAAUCAGGGGUUAAAAGGCAUGUUUAAACAUUUCACUGAUUUGCGUCAAAAAAAUCCCCAUUUGAUAACAUUGGUGGCCAUAGGGGGUUGGGGUGAGGGGUCUGAUAAGUACUCGCAAAUGGCUAAUGACCCAGGUGCCCGCAAAACAUUUGUCGAUUCAGUGGUUAAAUUUGUGGGUCAACACGCAUUUAAUGGCCUGGAUGUUGAUUGGGAAUACCCGGCUAUGAGUGCCGUCGGGAACGGGGUCCGUAAAAAUGCCGACAAACAGGCAUUCAUCGACUUACUCCGCGAACUUCACACGGCUUUCCAACCGCACGGGUAUCUCCUGACGGCUGCCGUAUCGGCCGGUAAGGCAAUAGUGGACAGGGCUUACAAUGUGUCCGAAAUGAACAAAUACCUCGACUUUAUUAAUGUCAUGACUUAUAAUAUGCACAACAGUUGGAAAAAUAAAACCGGUCAUAACGCACCCCUACAUGCUGGGGAAGGGGAUGAUGAGAAACGUACAGUUGAAUACAUUACUAACUAUUGGCUAGGAUUAGGAGCUCAACCUAAAAAACUUGUGUUAGGCAUACGCUUUUACGGACGUACAUUCACGUUGGCCUCAAACCAAAGCAAUGGGUUUAACGCACCUACAACUGGCCCUGGUAGUCCCGGUCCUUAUACUAAAAAGAGUGGAGUUUUGAGCUAUAAUGAGAUUUGCGAAAAUAAGGGAUGGGAUGUCAAAUGGGAUGACCAGAGAAAGGCUCCCUAUGCUAUAAAGGGAAAUGAUUGGGUUAGCUAUGAUAAUGAGCAAAGUAUCAAGGCAAAAGUGGAGUUCAUUAAGAGUAAGGGUUUGGGUGGGGCUAUGGUGUGGGCCAUAGAGGCCGACGAUUUCAAUGGAGUUUGCGGUUCGGAAAAGUAUCCCUUAAUUAAUGCCAUUAAUAACGGUUUAAAUGGUUAAUAUAUUUAAGACAUUGGAGAGC